GUGUUUGUAUAUUCCGAGGUGUGUUUCAGUUGCCACUUGCUGCAGUAUACCUACCAGCGCGGCGCCGUGGCGGGGCACUUUAGUGUAGCUCAUCCCACUUCUUGCAUCGCCUGACAACCGCUCCACUCUUAAGUGAAGCUGUUCUUAGACAAAGUAUGAAAUAACUUCAUGUGUGUGUUCGCGCGCGCGCGUGUGUACUAUACAUACAUACAUAUUCAACAUUGCCGCCGAGUCGUGCCCUCCCUUGCUCCAGUUGCCGCCACUGCUACCGCUGCUGUUGCUGUAGUGAUUCAUGACUCCAUAGACAGACCACCAUGUUCCUGAACCUCAUAUUUACUGCCCUGCUACUGCCGCUGGGCGGAACUAACGGCGAGAUAGAGGUGCCGUGGUGGAACAUCCGAAAAUUUCUGAGCGAGGCUGUCAACACGGGACUCGGGGUGGACAGACUGCAGGCCGAUUUCGAAACUGGGUUCAAAUGGAACUCCGAGGAAAUCGACGGGGAAGCGCGUCUCGAAAAGAUGAUAAAGAUGGUGUCGACUGAUUUGAAGCGAAGCAUCGACGUUGUGAAGAACAUCAAGCGUGCCAUAGAGCAGGAGUACGAGACUUGGACCAAUAGGGAGGUUACCACCAACGGUUGCUGUGUGGCUGAGGACCAUUCCCGUGGAUGUGCACUAGGCAGCACCUGGAAUAGAGAUAAACCUCUGUAUGCCUACUUUACACCCUCCUCUGUUGUGUUGGAGAUGGUUCAUGAUAUCAAGAAGUACCCAGAAAACACUUCCCGGUAUUUUGCUUUCACAGAUGGCUCCUUGUAUACAUAUCCUCCACUCCCCAAGAACAGUAUCACCUGUGAGGACUAUGACCCUCGCACCAGAUAUUUCUACACGCAGUGCAAGUCUCCUGAGCCACGUGAUGUGGUGGUGGUGGUGCACAAUUGCCAACGCGUCCAGCCACUCCUCAAAAAAAUUGUAAUGGACAUCAUUGAUGGUCUCAGUCUCAUGGACCGGGUGGGACUGUGUCUCCCAGGCACUGAUGGCUGCCAGAGUGGACCAUUUGGUGAUGAGAACACUGCCACUGAUUCAUCCUGGCCUGGUUCAGACAUUCCCCUGAGCAGGCAACCAUUCCUUGGACAAAUGCUAUCUACUAAUAACAAGAACAAAAAAGAACUUGUAAAGCAUUUGAAUUCAUGGCCGAAAGGUCCUGUCAUUACAUUCCCAAGCCAUUCAGCAGCUGUGGAUGCAGGGUUGCAGUUCUUGAACUCAAGCUCCAAUCACUCUUUCAGUCUGUUAGCUGGUGUGCGCCACAAGGUGUUGGUGUACGUGACCACAGAGGAAGCAUGGGAGGAAGACCCAAGUGGAAACGAGAAACUUCAGGAAGCAUACUUGAAUGGAACCUUCGUUGUUGUUUACUUGAUCAAAGAGAGGGAGAGAACAGUUGUGCAAGGAGGAACAACUGUGCAAGAUGGGGAGACAACAGUUGUACAAGAAGGAGAAGGAAGAAAUAUGCAAGAAGGGGAGACAACAGUUGUGCAAGAAGUAGAAGCAAUAAAUGUGCAGGAAGGGGAGACAGUAGUUGUGCAAGAAGUAGAAGUAAGAAAUAAGCAGGAAGGGAAGACGGUUGUGCAAGAAGAGAGGCAGAAUAAUGCUACCUUUGAGAUGGUGCGACUCUCUAUCAACUCCAGCUUUGUAGAUGCCAAAAACAAGUUACCCAGUUUUGGGCAGAACAAGAAUCAACCAGUCAUUACCAUACCCUACUGGGAUGCUUUUGGCAUGGGAUAUAUAAUUACUGUUUGCAUGCCACUGGUGUUUAAGGAAGAAUUUGUUGGCGCAGCCUGUGAUGAUGUGUACGUGGUUAACCUUCUUGCUGACAUCACUAUUCAUGAUAUUGAGAAUGCUUAUGUAUUUGUGAUCAAUAGUCUGGGGAUAACUUUGAUGCAUCCAUUGCUACCCUCACCUCACUCUGUUACUCAAGAUCCUGCUACUGUUACCAUUGAUAAGCUGGAACAACACAUGGAUUCUUAUUCUAUACUGAAGAAGAUCAUUAGUGAGGAGACUGGCAAAGAAGACAGAGAAAAAGGAGUCUUGGUGGAGGCCCUUGGUUGGCCUGCAGACUCUCCUCUGCCAAAUGCAGUGAGAGGAAAGAGUGCCAAUCUGCGUUUCCUGUGGGGUCCCAUAACCCAGACUGAUCUUACUCUGGUCCUUGUUCUUCCCCUGACCAAUGGCAAGGUAGUGUCAACCAGGUACACAUGCUUCAACACAACAAUGUGCGAGGUAAAGAAUUUCCAUUACCAUAAACCCAAGCCUGGAGACACAAGCAGGUCAUUCUGCAGAUAUUUAGGCACGCAAGUUGACUAUGAUGAAGGAUUUGUGAAAUUAGCUCCAGACUGUUUCAAUGAUAUGCUGGGAUAUCUUAGGGGAGAGGAUAAUGAAAGCAUAUCCCAGAUAUACUCCAUAUUUAAUGGCACUCAUUCUUUCAAUAAGCUACUCAGGACAAACUUGAAACCAAGCGUGAGAUUGGCAGAAGAAGCUGUGAGAGUGUGGAAAGAUCUCGGGAAAGCAAGAGACUAUAUUGCGGCACAAUACAUGGGGACGUCAGAUGGUGUCUUUAUUUCCUUCCCAGGCACUGAGUUUAACUCAACCUAUGAUCACAGGAGCAGACCAUGGUAUCAGAUGACCAUAUCAUCUUUGAAUGGAGAUCACCUCUCCAUGACCACCCCACGCUGCAGUAGGUAUAAAUCUAACAUGGUGUACACACUAGCACGUUCCUUGCGUAGUCACCAAGGCACUCCCCUGGCAGUAGUGGCUGGAGACUUCACUUUCCAUUACAUUAGGAGACUCUUCCUGGAACAGGUCCCUGAUUGCAGCCAGUAUAUGUGUCUUCUUGUGGACCAGAUGGGCUAUGUUGUGUUUACAACAGACUGGUCUUUAAAUAUGGACUUCAAAUGUGGCAAUAAGAAUGGCAUCACAGCAGCACACGUCACCAAGCUUGUGCCAGAUAUUGCUCGUGACAUGAUUGGCAGUAAACUCCUGAGGCGGAGAGGUUGCCACAGCUAUGAGCAGGACAUCACCUUUUACUAUUGGUGGCUCAGCAUGAGGGGACAUAGAACUUUGCACAAAGGUGACACAUAUGAAGUCCACAAGAUACCUUUCUCCAACCUCUAUUUUGUGAUUCAAAAACAAGGACAAGGACAAGGCACCUGUCGCUGCAGUGCAAAACAGGAAGAUGGUCUGCGGGAAUGCCAUAAUACUUGCAAGAUGGAGUGUGAAUGUCCAUGCAAGGGAGGCCCACUAACCAAGCCGUGCCACAAUGCGACAUACACAGAUAUACACAGUUCCAGAUGGUCCUUACCAGCAUGCAAACCCAGCAACCCUUCUCAUCCCUUUGCCAGCAACAUUAUGCAAAUGGAGCAGGAGCUUGAAUACUGCCACAAGUGUAAUGAUGAGAAAGAGAUGUCUUGCAAGGAGCCUCAUUGUGAAUGGAAGGACAACCAAUGCAUGAACAUUUAAUGCAUAUGAGAAGUUAUGCCAUUGGAGGUAUUGGCAACUUUUGCAGCAGCAUCUGCAGUCUUCCCUGCUAUUGGUUGUUCCAGCACUGAAGCUACGAAGGGUUCAUCAUUGACAUACCCAUCAGGAUUCAUGGUCUGCCAUCUCCAGAAGUCUUCACCUGAGAUAAAUGUAAUGAAUAAAUUAAGACAUUUGGCUUUCUGGGUUUUAAAGUUUUACAAAGUUCACAUAGGGCAUCAAUUUAAAAUGCUAACAGUGUAACUUUAGUUCUAACAAUAAUUAUUAGCCUAAAUACAAAUACCAAGACGGCCUCUUCUAAAAAUGGGGAUAGCUAAAAUAAGGCACACAACUUUCACACUCCUUCACACCACUCGCAUAGCCCACAGCCUUAACAGAGAGAGAGAGAGAGAGAGAGAGAGAUACUCCAGCCCUUAAAGACUUUGUGGAUCAACUGCACAGCUUGUACAAUUUUGUCCAAAACAAGGCUCCUCCAUAGCAAAUACCAAUUACUGCCACAUCAAAUUGCCUCAUAACACUACCAAGUCAUACGGAGUUAAAAAUGUCAUAUACUUAGUAAAAUUAUGCUUAAUAAUGCUUAUCUGAAACUUAUCUUGUUUUUCUAAGGGCAGUGUCAUACAUUCUUACAGCAUAAUUCCUAGGUUCACCAAAUUUUUCAUAAAACUAAAUUUAGUAUAAAGAGUAGAAGAACAGGAACCUUAUACAGUAGUACUUUGUGAUUCAAACUUAACUCUUUUGGGCUGGUUGGAUUGGGAAGCAAUUUCUCAUUCAAAUUAAUGUAAAAAUAAAAUAACAUUACAGGUUCCAAAAUCCCCGUAUUAUUUUUUUUCAUUUUUUAUGGAUUUGUGUUGUGCCAUAAACAUAGAAAUGCAUGAAAAUAACCUAAAUUAAAGAAAAAUACAGUAAAGAUGUAAAGUACCAUAUACUUUUAGCAUACAAAACAGCACUUAAAUAAUCCAAAAGACAAAAAAAGUGGGUUGUCCUAUACGAGUAAGAUACAAAAAUACAAAAAAACAAAUUUUAUGCGAAAUACCAUUGUAAAUUGGCACUAAUCUCACAUUUGAGUCAAAGUUUCUGCUACUCUCUCUCUCUCUCUCUCUCUCUGUGUGUGUGUGUGUGUGUGUAAGAACAAUCCUGAUAGAAUAAGACUGAUAGAGAAUGAAAAUGGAAUUAUGAGAGAAUAAAGUCAAAAUAACAGGAUGAAUGGGGGGAGGAGGAGAGGAGGAGUAUCACACUCCCUUGUCCCUCAUCUCUGACAGAUACAGGGGAGGUGCCUGGGAGGGAGGUUUGAAACCAGAUGAAAAAGGAAGGGGGAGGAAAGGAACAAAGGGAGGAAGUGACAUAUUGGGGGGAGAGAGAGAGAGAAAUAGGGGAGGAGGAAGGGUAGGUGGGAAAGAUAGAGGAAGGAUAUGGGGACAAAGGAGAAAGAAGGGGGACUGACUGAAUGACGUCACUUGAACGGAUGUUUGUGUUCAAAUUGGAGGACAAAAUUCAUUUGCCAACCAUGUUCGAAUUCCGAUUUGUUUGAAUUAAAGGACAAUCACGAGGUAUGACUAUCAUUAUUAUUUUUGUAUUGUCAGUUUAGAUUUUUUAUUGAAUAUUAUCUUUGAGACCCAAGAUAAAGCAGGAAGCCUUGUUCUUGCCUUCAUAUAUAAAAGGAACAAAAAGUAGCUUACAUUUGAAUUCUAACUCUAUUCUUCAAGGUAUGACCCUCCUUGUACAUGCCAUUGAUUUUUUUUAUUGCUGGAAAUGACAGAAGUUAUAAGAAUGUAACAUGACCCUUACAAGAAACUGAACCUUUGAAAGCUGGACAACUAGCAGCCAUUUUAAGUGUUCAUCAGGCUUUCUACUCUCCAGACAAGACUUUUUGAUGUCUCACUGAGCUGAAGAUGCUGCUGAAAUGGCCCUCAUUUGAGAGCUGAGAGAGAGAAUACAGGUGAUGGCAUAUCUGGUAAUCAUCCAGAAGAGGGUUUGGGAGAUACAGGGUAAAUUCACAAGUUUCUCUAGAAACUGUGGGAAAUGGAGGAUUAUGCUAUUCUAAGCAAAAAAUAUUGUGUGUGUGGUUAAUGCUUUGGUUUAAUAGUGAAAGAGGAGUGAAAAGUGACAAGUGCCUUGUUUCCCCUUUUGUUGCAGUAAGCAUCAGCUGAGUGACCCUUCCUGCUCUUCCCAAAUAUUCUUUUUUGGCCUUUAAAAACUUGCAUGUCAUUUCUCCUGCUGCACCACAUUGCCAGAUGUGCUUUUCUAGUCACAGAUUUACUCCCAACUUAACUGUACUCGACUAUCUGUCAUGCUUUUUAAAAGCUAAUUUAUAUAAAUCAAAAUUAAAACAGUCAAUAGAAGAAUGAUGUGCAAGUUUUGAAAGGCAAAAAUAAAUACCUGGCAACACUCGUCCUGACAGAAGGAGAAACAUGGUGCCUCCUGUCACUUUUCAAGCUUCUCAAACAUACCCAUAGAGUGUUUUCUGCUUAGAAAAGAAUAACCUUCCAUUUCCCAGAGUUUCUGGAGAAGCUUGUGAAUCACCCUGUAUGUUUCCAGCAAUGGAAGGAGUGAUGAGCUAGGUGCAUGGAGCCACUUUCAAAGAGAGAGAGAGAGAGAGAGAGAGAGAGAGAGAGAGAGAGAGGUGGGGAGACAGAGAACUACAUCAGUUUUACUCCAUCUUCUCACUCCCCCACAUACAGUUAGCAUAAUACAUGGAUCAAACUCCUGGUGAUGUAAGUGUCACAUUGCACAAACUGGCAACUCUCUUCUUGGUCUGAAAAAAAAAAAUCUUCUUGGUCUGAAAAAAUAUCUCAGGAGAAAAGGACUACAUGAAAACAUAGGAUAGGUCCUUACAUGUGUAGGAAAGAAUAAAAUAACAGAUUCCGUGUUUGACAUAUUGAUAAAGUGGAGUUAUCUUUUGUGACCACUCUUUGCUUUGGCUAACAAAAUAGCAGUGUCUUUUAAGCAAAGUGUUCUACUGAGUUGAUGUGGGAUGCCUAGCCAGGGAUAAUUAUGUAGCAUGAGUGUUAGAGUUUCAAACGCUAGAAUGGUGAAACAAAUGUACGCUAGAAUGGUGAAACAAACGUAAGCAAAGUAACUAUUGCUAGCGAAAAGACUGGGAAUGCAUUGGUGGUGGGCCAUCCCAAAAUAUUUGACACCUUACAUAGUAUCAAGAGACAGUUAAAAGGUAUACAAUCAUAUUUCAUUUUACAAGGAGGAAUACCAGAAAAGAAAGUGGUCCAAAAGUACUGACCACCUGUUACUACAUUCUUGUAGCUUCUGAACUGCAGAGACUUGUGAGCACAUUAUUGAAUGUAAAGAAAGUUAACUGUGUAGUGUGGCUGUGUAGUGAAUCUAUUUCAAUGAUGAUAAAACUUUGAAAUAAUUUUAGACUGUCCAUACUUCCAUUUUUUUUUUUUUUUUUUUUUUUGUCUUAUCAGAUUAAUAUGCUGUAUUGAUACCAGUAACUUACCGCCACAUCUUGCAAUUACUAAAAGAAUCAUGUCACUGUGUACAAUGCUUUUUUUUUUUUUCAAUACAAAAAUAGCCUGCACAUGAUAAUGUGAUGCAAUACCAAUCAUACUCCAAUAAACAUUUAUCAAAAUCCAUAUUCAAGCAAAGUGAAGUUUAUGGUUGGUGCCUAAAAUAAGAAAAGUAUUCAGAUUAUUUAGCUAAGGGGAGUUCUGAAUAUUUUCUGAAAAAAAGGAAAAGUUAUAUCCAUGGCAUCAUAACUAACUCAUUCAUGAAAAAAAUAUUAUUCAUAAAAAUUACUACAUAAAAUUAAUUUUAAAACCCUAUCAAAAACAUCCAAUAAUAAUUAAAAUGAGCUAUAAUCACCCUGAAAGUAAGGAUACCAGAAAUCUGGGCCUGUAUUCUACAAACCAUCAUAGCGAAGUCAGUUGGUCAUAGCAAAACAACAAGGUGCAUUUCAGACAUGACUGUCAUAAACUCUUAUGGUUUUCCCAUAUACUCCUACUGUUGAUCAUAAAAUGCUAUGACAGGAUUCACCCUGUCUUAAGUGCCGAUUAUGGCCAUCAAAAUUCUGUCAACAACAUGACUAUGUACCAUAACAUGAUCCCCAGCAGUUUUUUAUUAUAAAUAUAACAAUAACUAUUAAUAACUAAGUAAAUAAUGUUCUUCUUUGGGGUAAUAAAGUAUUAUUAUAAAUAAUUGCCAGGAGCAGUAUGAUCAGUUUUCCUAAACAAACAAACCUUGCUUUGCAUGGCCUGUGUGUUUCAGGCUGUCAGCCAUAAUCUUCUGUAUAAUCAGGUUUCUUUCGAUUAGGUACACUAAAUUCCCCAAGUCAGAAUAUGAAGUAAAAACAAUUUAAAUCCAAGAAAAUAAUGUCAAUAAACUAUUUCAUUUCAUAAAUUCAAAGUUAACAAAUUGUGAGCAUGCAUUCUAGCAGCAGACGCUGACCAAGAUAUGACCGAUGAAUUCUGAUGGCCGUAAAACUGCCAGUUAUAAAUACUGUUAACUAUGACGGUUUGCUAUGGUUGACCACAAUCACUACGUAAAAUACAGGCCCUGAGCCUCAGACGUGACUGAUAUGAGGAAGAGGGGUCUACCAGGUGUGCCACCUGCAGGAGUUAGCCAGCCUGUUAGCUGCAUCACUGCAGAAAUACAUUUAGAAGAUAUAAAGUAAGGGGUAUAUCAUGCACUAUUCAGCAUUUAGAACCUGUGCUACAGUAGAUGCAGGUUCAGAAUACCUUACACAUUAUAUGCUCAGGAUCUGUGCAUCAGCAUUUAAGAAAGCAAUCAACUAAAGUUUCCUUCAACCUAAUAAUAGUCUUUGUGAGGCGACCUGAACAUCAUAAUAUGUCUUUUAAGAGACCAUUGUGCUUACCUAAUAAACUACUCAAAAAAUAGCAGGAGCAGAAUUUGUGUCAAGGUUAAGAUUAUUCACUGUACAUGUUUAUUGUAUAUGCCAGUGUACAAGUCAACAUUUGAAGCCUGAAAAUAUUUAUCUAACACUAGGAGUCAAAAUGUUUACUAUAAACAUAAAAUUCAAACCUUUACCACAGUGGUGUAAAUAAGUGAAACUGUCUGCCUAACACUCGUCAUACACCAAUUCCCCUAACUCUUCUACCCCACCACAACUUUUUACAUUGAAAUAUGUUUCAUAAGUAUUUAAUGUAGGCCACCACAACUUUUUACAUUGAAAUAUGUUUCAUAAGUAUUUAAUGUAGAGACUUCAAUGACAUCAGCAACUCAACUCAUAUGGUGUAGAGACUUUAAUGAUAUCAAUAACUGAAUUUAUAUGGUAAUAACGAUAUCAAUGACUCGUAUGGUAAAAUAAAAAUGUACUGCCCUGCAAACCUGCCAUUCACAUCAGUUGAUGUGUUUUAAGACUGACUGUGUACCACUUAAAGUAACUCCUACA